AAACCCAAAUUCAAAAAAAAAAUAUUGAAAAACACAACAAAUUUAAAAAAAAAUGAGGAAACUCGUGGUGUUACCGCUUCUGGUCAUCGUGUUUGUAUCGAUGAUGGCGGAGGAGGGGAAGGCGAUAACGUGUUCGCAGGCUAACCUCUCCAUGGCGCCGUGCCUGUCGUAUCUUAUGAACGGAGGAAACCCGUCGGCGCUCUGCUGCAAGGGGAUGAAGAAUCUGAAGAAGGCGACGCCGGAGAAGGAUGACCGGCAAACCGUUUGCCGGUGUCUGAAAGAUACGGCGACCAAAAACCCUAAGAUUAAGGACGAUAACGCAAGCCAGCUCCCCGGCAAAUGUGGUGUUGAUUUUGGCGUUCCGUUCUCAACGGGCACGAAUUGUGAUAGUGUGAAUUGAACGAGUUCUUGGAACGGCUACGUACGAAGCGACUAA